UCCGAGGCGGGGCCUAAAGACUCAACCUCGGGCUGCGGGCCGCCAGCGCGCCAGACGCCGCCAUGAUCAUCCCUGUGCGUUGCUUCACUUGUGGCAAGAUCGUCGGCAACAAGUGGGAGGCUUACCUGGGGCUGCUGCAGGCCGAAUACACGGAAGGGGAUGCCCUGGAUGCGCUUGGCCUGAAGCGUUACUGCUGCCGCCGCAUGCUGCUUGCACACGUCGACCUGAUUGAGAAGUUGCUCAACUAUGCACCCCUGGAGAAGUGACUGCCCCUGCCCUGCUGACCGACAGUCUAUAUCAUGCUGAGUUACUGCUGAAGUGUGAAGUUGGCGCAAUACCCAGCUGCAGCCACUUGGCUGAGUACCCCACCACAUCCACCAAAGGAACUGUCUAGUAAAGAUGUGUAGAACAACCAA